AUGGAUUCGACGUCAAAGCAUCAAGCAGGAUUCAAAGUUAAAGAUAGGAUCAGUGCAUUACCGGAUGCCAUUUUGUGUCACAUAAUUUCUUCCCUUCAAACAAAACAUGCUGUGAGGACUGGCAUUUUGUCACCAAGAUGGAAGAACAUUUGGGUUUCUGUUCCCAAUCUAGACUUCAAUGAUAGAGAUUUCAAUGACUCUGCCAGUUUUUCGACGUUUGUUGAGCGUGUACUCUUCUUCCGCAGCUCAUCAGACAUUCAAAAAUUUCUUCUUCACUGCUCCGCGGCUGAGGAUUACUCUCGUAUUUGUGGUUGGAUUCUUACUGCCAUUAGACAUAAUGUUGUUGAACUUGAUCUCCGUGUUGCGUCACAUGGAAGCCAAAUUUUUGAGUUGCCUAGCAGCCUUUUUGUGUGCAAAACACUGACAGUUUUGAAGCUACUGUCACCUUUUAUCACCAACACUCCUGCCUCAGGGUGUUUCCCAAGUCUGAAAUGUCUACUUGUUACAGUUCAUCUGCCUAAAGAUAAUGACUCAAUGUUGAAGCUAUUUACAAAGUGUCCCGUACUUGAAGAGUUGACUAUACAGGGUUGUCUUCAAGCAGAUAUUGUUCUGAAUGUCAACAUUUCGGCGCCUAUACUGAAGAUUCUAAGAAUGAACUUUGGCAGCAAUGAUGACCGUGAGGCGUCCAACUUUUUUGUUGAUGUCCCGAUGCUUGAAUACCUUGAUCUCACGGAGGAUUUCUUGUCAAAUUAUUUUUUGAGCUGUGGAAAUUCCCUGGUAAGAGCUAUUCUUGAUCUCUGUGAUCCAAUGUCAAGUGUAGAUCCCGACUUUCCUACUCGCGUAUCUGGACUCCUGGCAGGUGUAUCCAAUAUGAAGUAUCUGUCUCUCUCAAUUCAUCGUUUUAAGGUUGGUUGUCUGCCUGCUUUUAAUAAUCUUACCAAACUGAAGUUGGUUCUUCUUGAAUGCUUUCCCUGGGAAUUGCUAACACAGAUACUUGAGAGAUCACCUCAUGUGGAGCAUCUUGUCUUAGAGCAUAGUCUCACAAGUUGCGAUGAUGAUGACUCGUUUGAUGAUGACUCGGAGUAUGACUCAGAACCGGAAGAACCCCCAAAGCCUCAAUGGCUUCCCCCGCAGGUUGUGCCUAUUUGUUUAGUGUCACACCUCAAGACUGUUGCCAUCGAGGGAUUCAAGGGACAGGUGGAUGCAAUUGAAGUGGCAAAAUAUUUCCUUAGGAAUGGUGCAGUUUUAGAGAAGUUGACAGUUUCCAAAGCUCCUACGUGUGAAGAAAUUCAGGCCUUAUAUGAGGAACUUUUGACGGUUCCAAGGGUUUCCAAGGCUUGUAUAGUCGAGUUUAUCUAA